AUGGCUCGACCCUUCAUCUUGUGGCUUCACGGUUUGGGAGACUCUGGACCCGCCAACGAAAACAUCAAGACAGUUUUCAAGUCCCCGGAGCUGAGUGACGCUAAGUGGCUCUUCCCUUCUGCUCCAUACAAUCCCGUUACCUGCAACCAGGGUCGGGUGAUGCCUUCUUGGUUUGAUGUCCCUGAGCUUCCUUUUAGAGCGGGAUCUCGAAUUGAUGAAACCAGCAUUCUUGAAGCUGUUAAGAAGGUCCAUGCGAUUAUAGACCAGGAGAUUGCUAGAGGAACGAGACCAGAAAAUGUGUUUAUCUGUGGAAUAAGCCAAGGAGGUGCUUUAACAUUGGCUAGUGUUCUUCUUUAUCCAAAAACACUUGGAGGAGGAGCUGUCCUUAGCGGUUGGGUUCCAUUGUUGGAUAAGCUUGAAUAA